UCGCUGGUGGAACUGUGCCUGACCCCAGCGCGCAGCGAAUCACCGCCAGAAAUCCAUCAAUCAACCAGCAGGGAGGUCAGGGAGCAUUGGAUAAGAUGUCCGCCCAAAUGCAGCAGCACAAAGCACACGUGCGCAAGACCAUGCGCCAAGCGUCCAGCGAAAACACCUUCGCGCUCGAGGAGCUCGCAGACGAGCUCAAGGACGCCAAAAACUGCCUCACGCGAGCGAAGCGGCCGCACGUCAAGGCGCUGCUCGCGGCGCAGAUUAGAUAUGCGGCGGCCGAGGAGCUCCGGUUAUUAUCGGGCGACGACGCGCCGGCGAGCGUUCCAAACGACCGCAUGGCGUUCAGUGCGGACGCGGAGAAUCUCGCGGCGGACCUGGCCGAGGCCAAGACGUUGUUAGCGAGGGCCAAACGACAAGAAACCAAGAGUCGGUUAGUAGCCUACGUGCGCGCCGCGACCGCCCGGGAAGUGGAGGUGCUCGCGGCGCAGAAUACGCCCAAGGCCGAGCCGUCCAAGGAGCACGAGCCGCAAGACGACGCCCCCAAGGCCGAGGCCGCGGGCUACGUCGAGCGCGAACCGUCGCCAGAAGACGCGCGGGCGCUCCACGCCCUCGCGGCGGACGUGGGCGUCAAGGCGCCGCCGAAGAAGCUGCCUCCCUCAAAAGGUGUGGUCGUGUCGGCGCCCGUCGAAGCGAGAAAAGCGCCGCCCGCGGCGGCGCCGCGCUUCGACCGCAGCGGGGCCGAGGCGCCGCCGCCGCUCGGCGCGGGUGCCGACGUGCCGGACCGGGUCGCGUCGAUCUGGGAGAAGGCGAAGCAGGACACGCUCGCCGACGAGAUGGAGGCUGCUGCCGCCGCUGACCGCGCCGCGGCCGAAGCGCCAGCGCCGGCGCCGCCCAGGAGGAAGGCGGACCCGCCGCGGUCGCGCGCCUUCGACGGCUGCAAGAAGGGCUUUUUAGGUGGUUCUGCGCCGGCGAAGAAAGUUACAGAGCCGCCGCCGCCGCCGCCGGUGCCGACGAAGAAGCCGUCGGCGAGCCUCUCGGACUUCGCGCGCAAGCUGCCGCCCGCGAAGGACCCGCAGAUGCACCACCGCCGCGCGGCGGCCUACGAGCGGCACCGCGAGCGCGAGGCCGCGGAGAAGGCAAAGCGCGAGGCCGAGGCCGAGGCCAAGACCGCGCGGGCCGCGAGCCAGGGCGCGGCGGAGGCCGCGGCCGUGCUCGAGAAGGCCGCCGCGGCCGCGUCGAAGGCCGCGGCGGCGGCGCCCGCCGCGCCGCCGAAGCCCCCGCCCGCGACCGGCAACGAUCCGAAGGUCGACGCGCUCGCUUCUAAAUUGAGAACCAUGGGCAACAGCAAACGCAUGGACGAGGUGCCGAACUGCCCGCCACCACAACCAAUCUCCGAGCCGGCGUCGACGGCGCCCCGCCCCCUCAAAGCGCGACCACCAUCUACUACCGAAAAGACCUUCGUCGCCGUCACGGCGUUCGGCUGGGAGCAGGGCGAUCGCAAGAGCCCCUGGGCGCGCGUCUCCGUGCCUUUGACCGGUGUCGCGCCGGACCAAGUCACGUGCUCGUUCGGCGAGGACGCCUUCGACCUCCAGAUACGAGGUUUAAGGGGAAAGGACUAUCGGUUACGACGGAACGCUUUAGGUGGCAACAUCGAUCCCGCGAAAUCGUCCUACAGCGUGUCCGGCGGCCGCGUCGUCGUGAAGCUGCGCAAGGUUCCGCUCGAGGACGGUUCGUUUGUGGAAUGGGAGGAGCUGAGCUGCCCCGGCGGCGACCGCGAGAAAGCCGUUGAUAACGCGCCGCGCAAGCCCGGCGGCGAGCCCUACGACAUCGCGCGCAAGCUCUACGAGACGGGCAACCCUAUAAUCAGAGAGAAGAUUGGGGCCGCGGCGACGCGGCACCGCGACCGCAUCUUCGCGCAGGGCUGCGACAGCCCCCUCGAGGAUGUUUUGAAAGAGCACGGCGGCAAGCUCGAGGAGAUCCUGCGACGGAACAAUCCUUUGAAAGAGAAGCUGUUCGACUCGGGGCUCGGCGAGUAA